AUGGUCUUUAGGCGAUACGCCUCGACUAUUCCUCCCGCCGGGCCUCCUCCUUCUGAUGGCAGCAACAGCAUAGGCGGAUUACUCCUCGGGGCGGGUGCUGUCGCGGCUAUCGCAGGGUACUUCUACUAUGCCAACAACCAGAAGAAGGCACAUGAGUUGAAAGGCAGGGCAAAGGCUGAUCUGGAAGACGCUCAACAGAGGGCUGCUAAGGCUCUCAAGUGA